AUGUUCUACAUCCGGGCGCUGACGUUGACCGCCUCGCUGGCCAUCGGUUCCGCCUCAGCAACAUCUCCAGCGACCCAGACUAUAAUCUCCACGAUCGCCGGACACUGGAUGACGAUCAUCGAGGAUGAUGCGCAGGACACGGAGCCGUACACCGGCACCGUCGACCAGAGCCAGAUCUUCCCUAGCCAGCGACGAGGCACACUAGGCGGUCGGCAACUACUGGAUCCCGAGGCGAGGCGGGAGACCAGCGAUAGGGAGCAAGAGGCGGGGAAAGAGAACAGGACGACCUUACCUCCCAUCCCGGUUCAGGAUAGGGGACCGUCUGUUCUCACCGAAGUCAUCGAGGAAUCGCCCGUCGCAGAAGUGGAAGAAUCCGCUGCGUUCUCGGGGCCGCUCCCUCCUUCGCAUAUGGAGUUCCGCUUCGUCACGGAGUCUGGCUCGACUAUGGAUGAUACCCAACGGACAAUGUCCCACUCCGCAUUCGUGCUCGCGCCUGCACUCACAGCUGCGCUGUUGCUGGAAGCGGACGGUACGCCGGAUGCGUCACGACCCUAG